AUGACAACAAUCUUAAAGUCCCUUCUGCUUGAAAAGAUUCCUGGUAUUAAACACGGAUUUUUAACACGACAAGGAGGAUGUAGUCCGAAACCUUUUGACAGCUUAAAUCUUGCUCUUUCAAAAGGGGAUGAUCCAAAAAACGUCCUGCACAAUCAAAAAACAGCUCUUGGUAUUCUAGAAUUCCCCUCAGCAAACUUCUAUGGCCUUAAACAACUCCAUGGACCAAUUGUUCACGAGAUAGAACGUGUUGACAAAAAAGAAAAAUUAGAAGGUGACGCCUUAAUAACAGAGCGCCCCCAAACAGUGCUGAAUAUCGUUACGGCAGACUGCGUUCCUGUACUGAUCACAAGCCUGGAUGGAAAAAUUAUUGGUGCAGCACAUGCAGGGUGGCGCGGUGCUUUAUUUGGCAUUAUCAAAAACACAGUUCAAGCUUUAAAACGGAAAACAAAUACUCCGCUUGUUGCUGCGAUUGGUCCCUGCAUUCACCAAAAAUCUUAUGAAGUAUCUCCAGAGGUCUAUGCCUCCUUCACACAGAAUGCUCCAAACAACACACAAUUCUUUAUUCCAUCCCUCAAAACAUCUAAUCAUUAUUUAUUUAAUUUACCCGACUUUGUGAAAACUCAGUUGGAAUACUUUGGCAUCAAAGAAAUUGAUCAAAUCAAUCAUAACACCUACGAAAAUCAAGACAUGUUCUUUAGCUGUCGCCGUGCGUUUCACAGAAAUGAAAGCACCUUCGGCUGCCAAGGAUCUUUAAUUGUGAAAACAAAAGAAUGA